UUGAUGAAGUUCAAGACAAUUGACGAGGUAAUAGAACGUAGCAACAUCAACAGAUAUGGUCUCGCAGCAGCCGUGGUAACAAAUGACCUAAGCACAGCCUUAAACGUGGCCAACAGUGUCCGAGCCGGAACUGUAUGGGUGAAUUGCUACGAUGUGUUUGACAGUUGCGCACCUUUUGGAGGGUUCAACAUGUCUGGUAAUGGACGUGAACUUGGAGAAUAUGGACUUGAAGCCUAUACGGAAGUUAAACAUGUGUGUAUUAAAGUGCCUCCAAAGAAUUCAUAAAUUAAACCAUGAAACUUUUGUCAGUGUGAAUCAAUUUGAAAUACAAUCAAAACCUAAUUAUGUUUGAAAAAGUGUCUCUUAUAAAAGUGGUGAAAAAACAAACUCAUCAGGUAUAUAACCAUCAACAGAUUGUAUGAAUUUGCCACAUUGUGUUGACGUAUUAUUGUUAAUUAUAUAUAUUUUGCCAUUUGUGAGAAUUUAUGCAAUAAUUGAUGAUUCUUGAAGGUUACUUUUAAAUGAGGAGUCAUUCAGAAAGUGCUAGAAAACCAUAUACAUAUUUCUCUUAUAAUAUUGUAUUGUAUUAUUAUGUAUAUAAUAUAUAUAUGAAUUUGUUUAUAAAAAUUUUCAGACUCAUAACUAUGCUUUACAUGUUAGUUAUAAUAAUAAUAAUAAUAGUACAUUUAUAUAUAUUUUGUUAGAUUUAUUUUUUGGUUAUAUGGGAUACAUGUGUUACAUGGGAACAAUGAGUGAUCUAUCACAAUUAUGAUGAUAUUAAAUUUAGAGCUAGCUAUUAAAUUAUGUGUUUUCUAUGUAUGGGCAGGUUUACCACUAUUUUCACAAAAAAAAAGAUGUUUGAUGUUCGUGCUAUAAAUACAUUGUCUAUGAUGAGUACGGGUUAAUAACUUCAUGCGAUUAUAAGUGUAACAUUCAUUUUAAAGUGACCUACAGCUUUUCUUAAGGUUGAAUAUGAUAUUUUACAUAAAUCGUUUCAUAUAAUUGUUGAAUCAAAAUUUUUUUUAUGAAAUUUGCAGUCGAUAAAAUAAUAAACAAUAAGGAAACCCCACGAUUAUCUCAAAUCUACUGGUCCACUCUCUAUAAGUAAAUAAGUAAAGCAAACAAUUUGUUUCUCGAUCUUUUUAUUAGACACAAACGUCACUGAUGCGCUAUAAAUAGCUCUUAAAACGCUGUUUUGAAGACGGCUUAACAGUGAUAUGAUGCGCUUUUCCAAGAUAAAGUUACCAAGUUUGAAACAACACAGAAUUGUUUUUUCCAACAAAAAAUAAGAGCUGAAGGCUGCUUUAAGUCCAUUUAGCAACAACAGUAAUGUUUAAAACCUUGAUGUAGCAAGUAUCUAUUUACAUUAUAAAUGUCAAUUGGAUCUAUAUCUUAUUUUGUCACAAUUGUUUCGUAAUGAUUCACACAGAAUUGAAUAAGCAUGUUUUCCCUCUAUAGAACAAACUUAAUGAAAUAUUAAUGAAAAUGUGUAAGCUUUAAAUAUGCAGACCAUAUUUAGAUAUACAUGUAGGUCUUGUAGGUUAAAAUGCAACACAAAUCACAUUUGGUAUAUAAAUAAAGUCACUGGCUCAGAAUGAAAUAAAAACCUUAACUUUUCAUCAAACUUUUCAUCAUACCAUGAAUUUUUCAUUAAUCUUAGAAAAGCAUUAAUUUUGCAGUCUUCACUCAGGUUAACAAUAAAUGGGUACUUAUUGCAUUGUUAUUUUUCAUUAUUGUGUUUUAUAUAUGAAAAAGAACUCAUAAAAGCUGGUAUUAUAUAUAAUUAGAUAGUUUACUUUGUACAACAUUGCUCUUGCAAGGGUAAAAAAAAAUACAAUUUGAGAAUUACUUACUGUAAUGUGUUAUUAAAUGCUAUUUUCUCUUGUUUUAAGAUUAAAAUCACUGUAAAUUUGAUCAUUUUUUUUUGGUUUUUUACAGUGUGUUAGCUUUUAACAAUGUAGUAAAGCAACAUUCUUAUUUUGUUUAUAACAUAAAUGUAUGAAUGAAAGGCAUUGUAUAAAUUAGUCACAUAACAUCCUUUGUCUCAAAUACAUUGGUCCUUAUUGCACUUUUAGGUAGCUCUAGGUAUAUGUAAUCUGCACAAUGUACAUGUAUAACUGUAGGGCCAAAUGUCAUUUGUCGACAAUAAUAUAUAUAUUGAAAUAAACAGGUUUUGUUGUA